UUGUUAUUCGAAUAAAUUCAACUUGUAUUGUAUAAUCGGAAAAGUGUGUUUCAAAUAACUAAGAUACGUACUUCAGAAGUUUUUAAAAGGGGCAUUGUGAACGGUAUUCAAAGAGAGCCGAGCCAUUCUGUUGACGUUUGCAUAUUUCCUCUAUAGUAUUCCGUAGCGGCUCUGUAGAAUCUGUAGUCUAUAGCCGUCUACGAGUUUCGUAGCGCGCAGUGACGCACGCAGAGGGCGUCGUAGCCCCUGAAAACAUUGACCUCUCAAACCUCCGCAUUCCCCACCGAAUGUCGACUCGAGACGUUCGCUCCGCUUCCCGCAACACCGGUCUGAACGUAGCGACGAACGGGCGCGCACAUCGGCCCAAUCGAAUCGAGCAGCAGUGAGCAGUGUUACGACAACACGAACCCUUCGCAGACGUCAAUAGCCGAGCGUGCGGGGCGCGCGGAUUCGAUUUGCUGAAACGUAGUGUGCUCCAAUGAAACAAACGUGACGGUUGACACAAUCCCUUUGCACAUAAGCUCAGCAGUUGGCGGAACUCUUGGAGAGGACUUCGACAGAUACAGAGAAGAUAGAGAGGUGGCAGACAAGGAUCAGGCAGUGAGGGUGCUCUCGUGUGAGACGGGGAGCUGCGCUCGUGAGGGCGAGGGUAUCCGGCGGCAGAAGGUGGCGGCGGCGAGCGCAGGCCUGCGGGUCGGCAUGGCGCGGUAGCGGGCCAGCGCGCGUGCGCGGAUCGAUCGCGCGCCAUCGAGCGCUAGCGGCGGGGCUCAGUAGCGCGCGGGCCGGCGGGCGAGCCGUGCGUCGCUACACGUGCAUGGCGCGUCUGUCUGGAUGCCUCGCGCCCUCGGGGAAUGGCUUCGUCCGAGGAAGAGGCGACAACCGCGCCGAACAGUGAAGAUGACUGCCUCAGCGAGCGGAAAUGGUGGUGCUUCCUCCUGUCGUCGAUCGUCACGUUCAUCGCGGGCCUCUUGGUGGUGCUGCUAUGGCGGGCCGCAGGCUUCGUGUGCUGCCGCCGCGAGCCGGAGCUGUCGCCCAACGACCCGAAGCAGAAGGAGCAGAAAGCGGCGCGCCAGGGCAAACAGGAGUUCGAGGGCACCUUCAUGACCGAGGCCAAGGACUGGGCCGGCGAACUCAUCUCCGGCCAGACCACCACCGGACGAAUUCUGGUAGUGUUGGUGUUCAUUCUGAGUAUAGCAUCGCUCAUCAUCUACUUCAUCGACGCGUCCAGCGAGGAGGUGGAACGAUGCCAGAAAUGGAGUGACAAUAUUACUCAGCAAAUCGACCUUGCCUUUAACAUAUUUUUUAUGGUCUACUUUUUUAUACGAUUUAUAGCAGCUAGUGACAAACUAUGUUUCAUGCUCGAGAUGUAUUCAUUUGUAGAUUAUUUCACGAUACCCCCAUCCUUUGUAUCAAUAUACCUGGAUAGAACGUGGAUAGGGCUAAGGUUUCUUCGAGCUCUACGUUUAAUGACCGUGCCUGAUAUUUUGCAGUACCUCAAUAUAUUAAAGACAUCGAGCUCAAUUCGUUUGGCGCAAUUAGUUUCUAUCUUUAUAUCAGUAUGGCUUACGGCAGCGGGAAUUAUUCAUUUAUUGGAAAAUUCUGGUGAUCCUUUAGAGUUCGACAAUGCGCAGUCCUUGUCAUAUUGGACCUGUGUGUACUUUCUCAUAGUCACCAUGUCCACUGUAGGUUACGGUGAUGUGUUCUGCCAUACUGUUCUGGGCAGAACGUUUUUGGUUUUUUUUCUCCUCGUCGGCUUGGCAAUGUUCGCUAGUAGCAUUCCCGAAAUUAUAGAGCUGGUAGGAAGUAGGUCCAAGUACAGUGGCGAGCUGAAGCGCGAACACGGAAAAAGGCAUAUAGUUGUAUGUGGUCACAUAACUUACGAAUCAGUGAGCCAUUUCUUGAAAGACUUCCUACAUGAAGAUCGAGAGGACGUAGAUGUUGAGGUUGUUUUUUUACACAGGAAACCACCCGACCUGGAGCUCGAAGGCCUGUUCAAGAGACACUUUACAACUGUGGAAUUCUUUCAAGGCACCAUUAUGAAUCCAAUCGACCUACAGAGGGUGAAAGUGCACGAGGCAGACGCUUGUCUAGUACUCGCCAACAAAUACUGCCAAGACCCGGACGCUGAGGACGCUGCGAACAUCAUGAGGGUUAUAUCCAUUAAGAACUACUCCGACGACAUCAGGGUUAUCAUACAACUGAUGCAGUAUCACAACAAGGCGUACUUAUUAAACAUUCCAUCCUGGGACUGGAAGCAGGGAGACGACGUCAUUUGCUUGGCCGAGCUGAAGCUGGGCUUCAUCGCGCAGAGCUGCCUGGCGCCUGGUUUCUCCACCAUGAUGGCUAAUCUUUUCGCUAUGCGAAGUUUUAAAACGUCAAAGAAAAAGGUUAAAUGGAGAUAUGAAUACAAAAGGGGUACCGGAAUGGAGAUGUACACCGACAAUCUCAGUCCAUCUUUUAACGGGAUGCGGUUCAUACAAGCAGCGGAGUUAUGUUUUACGAAGUUGAAGUUGCUACUACUGGCGAUCGAAAUCAAGGGCGAGGAAGGGGCGGAUAGCAAGAUAUCAAUAAAUCCACGCAACGUGAAGAUACAUGCGAACACGCAGGGUUUCUUUAUAGCGCAGUCCGCAGAUGAAGUCAAAAGAGCUUGGUUUUAUUGCAAAGCUUGCCACGAAGACAUCAAAGACGAAACGCUCAUCAAAAAAUGCAAAUGUAAAAAUUUGACCGCACACCAGCGGAAGGUCGGAGCCGAUAUAGAUGUCGGAAUGAUGAUGAUGCAGACGGGGAUGGUGAAACAAAGUCUUAAUACGUAUCGAAGUGUCGACGAUGACCACCAUCCUCCCCCCACCUUCACGCCGCCAGAGUUGCCCAAGAAGGUCCAUGUUCGAGGUGAAAUCGCUAGAGAACGAGGAGAAGACAUAAGUUUGAUAAACCGCAACCACAGGAGUGCGGCGCCGACAGCUCUCCUGUCUCCGAUGGCUAACCAGCUCAUGAACACCACAACCACCAGACAGGUUAACAAGGUGAAGCCAAAUGUCAACAGAGCACCGCCCGAUACGAAUACGCAAGACCAAGAUACGAAUUACCAAGCCUAUCAUCUAGCCUACGAAGUGAAAAAACUCAUGCCGACGAGUAGAAGUAGUGGGGGUAAUCAGAACAGUAACGGAGUCAGUUUGCCAGCGGGCCUGGCGGACGACCAGUCGAAGGACUUCGACUUUGAAAAGACUGAAAUGAAGUACGACUCUACUGGAAUGUUCCAUUGGAGUCCCGCGAGGAAUCUAGAAGAUUGUAUAUUAGACAGAAACCAAGCGGCGAUGACAGUGCUAAACGGGCACGUGGUGGUUUGCCUCUUCGCUGACCCAGAUUCGCCUCUGAUAGGCCUUAGGAAUCUGGUUAUGCCGCUGAGGGCGUCCAACUUCCACUAUCACGAGCUGAAGCAUGUGGUGAUAGUAGGCAGCGUGGAUUACAUCAGGCGUGAAUGGAAGAUGUUGCAGAAUCUCCCGAAGAUAUCUGUGUUGAAUGGUUCACCGCUAAGCCGGGCCGACUUGCGUGCAGUAAAUGUGAACUUGUGCGACAUGUGCUGCAUACUGUCAGCGAAAGUGCCAUCCAACGAUGACCCGACGCUGGCCGACAAGGAAGCUAUCUUGGCUUCGCUGAACAUCAAGGCGAUGACGUUUGAUGACACCAUCGGAGUGCUGAGUGCGGGGGUCACGAACGGUGCGACCACGCAGCCGCCGCCGGGGGGCAGCCCCGCGCCGGUGCUGCUGCAGCGGAGGGGGUCGGUGUAUGGAGCCAAUGUGCCUAUGAUCACGGAGCUGGUGAACGACAGCAACGUGCAGUUCCUGGACCAGGACGACGAUGACGACCCUGACACAGAGCUGUACCUGACGCAACCAUUCGCCUGCGGGACUGCCUUCGCUGUCAGCGUGCUGGACUCCCUCAUGUCUACUACGUACUUCAACCAGAACGCGCUGACGCUGAUCCGCUCGCUGAUCACGGGCGGCGCCACGCCCGAGCUGGAGCUCAUCCUGGCGGAGGGCGCCGGCCUGCGCGGCGGGUACUCCACGCCCGAGAGCUUGUCCAACAGGGACCGGUGUAGAGUGGGCCAGAUCUCGCUGUACGACGGGCCGCUGGUGCAGUUCGGCGAGACAGGCAAAUACGGCGACCUGUUCGUGGCGGCGCUGCGCACGUACGGCAUGCUGUGCAUCGGCCUGUACCGCUUCCGCGACACCUCCUCCUCGUGCGACGCCAGCAGCAAGCGCUACGUCAUCACCAACCCGCCCGAUGACUUCUGCUUGCUGCCCACUGACCAAGUGUUCGUGCUGAUGCAGUUCGACCCCGGCGUGGAGUACCGCUCGCAGCGGCGCGCGGCGGCCGGCGGCAAGGACGACGCGUCCUGACUAUUGCUGUGCAGCGCCCUCACUGACGGGCCCUACUCCUACAUCUAGGCGCCGGGCCCGUCGCCGCGACCGUCUGGGACACCCCCCACCGGCCCCUACCGACCCCCCACGACCCCUACCCCACGCCGACCCAAACCCCUGCCCCUCUGUUUAUCCGCAUAUAGUGUCGAGUGGGAAACUGGAACGAGGACAGCUUUGUAUUUGUUAAACUAUUUUUUCGUUAAAUGACUGAUAGGUAGGAUCGGAGAAGUAAAAUCAUCGCAUUUCCGUCACUUUCUGAUCAAUACCAUAAAUAGAUUGUCGUGAUUUAUUAUCUAACGAGCUUUUGAAAAGUGUAAAUGUAAUUUUGACGGGUAAUACAUUGAAUAUGAUUUCUUAGUCAUUCGUUCAUUAUUAUGCAGACAACGAAUUUUUGUCUAAUAAUAUGGCUGCCUUUUUCAAGUUCUACUCGACAUUAAAUUUAGGAUCGAUUUUUGCUGCGCUCGCGAGUUCUGGCGCUAAUUAAUGCGAGUUCUCUCUACUUUGAAUAUUGAAUAGAAGCAGGCGUUUUUUUUUAUUUUGAAGUUCCGAAUGAACAUAAAACGACAGAUUUAUUUGACCAUUUUCUGCAAAAAGCUGACGUGUGUUGCGACAAUCCUCAGAUUCUAAAAAAUACGUGGUCACACAUGACAAUUUUUCAAAAUGAAUUUGUAGUUCUUCGGAAGCUUUCUCUAUUUUUGAAAACGUUUAAAAUCUUCCAUUGAAACGACGAUAAUUUUCUUACUGUAACUAUUUCUAUUCAAACCUAUAAUCUGCUGUAUUUUUCCUAUUUAUCACUACUUUUUAUGUCGUUUUCAUAGAAAAGAUAGUACGUAAAAUCUGCACCAACUACGUGUUUGUUCGUUGAAAAUGCUAAGUGCCUACCAUAUUAGUUAGCGCUAGAACUCGACGGCUUUAAUUCCUCUGUCCAAUGAUACAUUCACCCAAAAUCGGUAUCCCCUAUUUAAGUUUACCUAUUUCUUUUGUUUUCUAUCGGACACUGCACUGCAAAACUUUCACUUACUUCCGGCACACAUUAGAAGAUUCUAGAAGAUCCGUGUUGCUUCGUUGUUGUGUUCGUUUUUUCGGAAAAAAAAACAAAAACAAUAUUCUCGGACAGUUAAAAGUUACUUAUUAUUAUGCGUGUAAAUAUAAACACUGAACACCUUAUAGUGUGUAUACACUGGGUACAAAGGUUAUAGAUAGAAAAGCUUUCGGUGUUUCAAUAUUAUAUAGUCGUGAAGUAGAUUGUGCCAUGUCAGAUUAUAGCGAAAACUUACACGUAAGGAACCUUUGACCUCGUGUAUACUCACCUAUAAUGCACACUGCACACAAAACUCAAAAAGUGAGGGUAGGCAUACUUUAACCGAUAGGUAUUUACUUGGACUAUGUAAUCGAAUGCUCAAUGUAAAAAAGAGAACCUUUUAAACUUUUAAUUGCAAAACUGACUUAAACAGGACGACCUAUUUAAUAUAAGGUAUUGAUUUCAAUUUAUACUUUUUGUCUAUCGUUUAGAUUGUCCAUUCCUUAUCCAGUAGAGUAUUUUUCGUAAUCACGGUUAAGGUUAUUUCUAUAAUUUUAUAUUACGUAGUUUAUUUUAAGCAUUUAUAAUAUCAUUGUCGACUGAUCGAGGUUCAACUACUUACAUCACAUACUUAUACAUUAUAUUAAGUUUUAUUGUGUUCCCAUAAACAACGAUGUACCUUAAAAGGUGUAGCGCUAAAGUGAUUUCAUGAAUCAUUUAAAUCUAAAUGUUCUUUACUGUCGUUUGUAAAAUAAACUCAAAAUUAACCACAUCCUACUGGCGCCCGAUAUGGGACCAAAGUAUAGCACUUUGGUCCCAUAUCGGGCGCCAGUAAGAUGUGGUUAAUUUUAGAAGUACCCUCCAAGUGCUGAGUUUUUUAGUCACACUCGUUCGAAAUACAAUUUAAGUUACCAACCACUUCUGUAUGGUACUUAACUAAGUAGACUAACUCAUCCAUCGAGAUUAUGUUUUUUCGGAUGCUUUCUUAUUCUGACAUUAUAAAACCAUCCAUUUCAAGUCUUGGUAUUUUUUUUAUUGUAUAUAUAUAUCUAGCAUCUCAAUAUAUUUGCUUCUGUAUAUGAUGCUUCGGAUCUAGGAAUUAACGGAAGAUGGAAUAUUCAGUCAUGUUUCAGUGAAAAUCUCAAAUCUCUUUAGAAGCUUAUAUUAUGAAUGUGUUUAGGUGACAGUACAAAAAUGUUGAGAAAUACACUUCAUUUUAUGUCUCUGAUUAUACCAUUAAUUUCAAAUCCUCUGUUCACCUUUUAUGCGAAGUUUUCGGUGAUAUUAAAAAGCUCGUACUCGGAGGAACAAACUCUGAACACUUUAGCGCUACUUUAUGUUGUCUAUUUUAAAAACUAUGCACGGUAUGGUAGUAUGCAUAUUGUUUCCAUUUGCUCAUCCCUUUUCAUUAUUUAGUUCUUUAUAUUCUUUAAUACUGUACGUAGCGUAGUCGUCUUGGUGAUUGCUUCAUAUUUUCUGUGUGUUCCUAGAACACGGCUUAACGCUAUAUAUCUGCACAGAAAAUAUCGACUUUUACCUCAACAUUUUAAACCACAUCACUAUAGUAUUUUUUUUUUGUUUAUUACUAUUAUUUUUUUAAUAAAUAUUUCGAAAUAC